GAACAAACAAAACCCGCGUCUGUUCCUAAUCCACCAGAGGUUAUGGUUUGUUACAAAGUAUGCCAAAGAAGCUCCAGACCCGAAGAAACCUCCACCAGCGACAAAGAAGUGCAUAGAGUGAGACAGUCGAAAUCCCGCGAGCUUCGCGCUAGCAUUCUUUAUACAGGGUGCGAUUGUGAGAAACGAGACGGUUUGCAGGAUGACUGUCAAAGAACGGGAUGUCAUGGCUCCCCAGAGUGCCUAACUAACCCCCCUACUUGCGGUCCUAGCGAGUUCUGCAACGCAAAGCACCUCGGGAGAAAGCUAUUGAGUUCUAGGAAGGAUAAAAAUGGGAAUGGCAAAGAAAAUGGAAGUGGGUCAAGUUUCAAGGCUAAGUACAAGUGUUUUCCUGCUGUCGUGAAUGACCCUGUAAGUUGCUGUCCUUGUCCCCAGAAGUAGUUCUAAGCGAAUAAAUCAGGAUUUGUUGAAUUUGUAUUGUUUCGAAUAUGUUUGAAAUAUAAAGGUAACCUGAA